UCGCACGCCUAAUGGUUUGCUGUCACCUGCCUGUGAAGAGACGCAACUUUCUUCGGCGUUCGCUGUCCUUGAUCCCGCCUCGGGCCCAGAUUUCCGGAGGCGACAUUUUCUUCUCAUUUAUAUACAGAUUGUGCAUUUCUUCCUCCCACUCCGAAUGCUGCCCUGACCUACCGAUCGACCGACUGCCAAUCUGUUGAGCCUGUCAGGAAACACCGGACCCUUCCAGCCCGCCCCAAAAAUCCAGCCAUCAAUCACUGUCGCAUCGCGGCGGCGGACCUCGCUCUCUCUCCUCGUGCGGCACGGCCCCUGACGGCUCGAUCGGCGGUGGUCCUGAGAGAAUACGUUUCAGUUGGAGAAUUCCUUCAACUACGGCCCAGAACCCUCGAUUGACUCACGUCACUCUUCGAUCGGUCGCCCGCUUACACUCUUUCUCAACUCCUUCAACUUUGCCACACGUUGCUGUUGCCAUCGUCCAAUAUGUCUUUCUCUAGCCUCGUUCAGGACUUGUCCCUCCGCGACAACGGUGUAGCGCGCAGACGAGGUGACGCCUCCGUUUCGACCGUCAACGACACUGCUUCCCGCACAUCGCACAUCUCGAGAGCCAUGUCGUACGCCAGCACUACUGCCACGAGCGUCAGCAUUUCUGGUGAUAUCUCGAGUCAGCUGCAUGCUGGUUACAGCCAUCCCCUUGCGCGGUCAUGGCAGGCCGAGCGCCAAUUGACCAAGUCCAUGCUCAUCUACCCCCUUUUCGUGUCUGAUCAAGACGAUGAGGAAGUGCUUAUUCCCUCUCUCCCGGGCCAAUACCGCCGCGGUGUCAACAGGCUCAUUCCGUACCUUGAGCCGCUCGUCCAGAAAGGUCUCCGUUCCGUCAUCCUGUUCGGUGUGCCAUUAAGACCAGGGACCAAGGACGCCCUUGGCACUUCCGCCGACGACCCGCAAGGUCCCGUGAUUCGCAGCAUCCAGCUUCUGCGCCAAAGAUUCCCCCAUCUUUAUAUCGUUGCCGAUGUCUGCCUUUGCGAGUACACUUCCCAUGGCCACUGCGGUAUCUUGAGGGACGAUGGCAGCCUGAACAACCAGCUGUCUGUUGACCGUAUCUCCGACGUUGCGGUCUCGUACGCUCGGGCUGGCGCUCACUGCGUUGCGCCUUCAGACAUGAACGACGGCCGCAUCCGGGCCAUCAAGCUCAAGCUGAUUGAGGAGGGUAUUGUGCACAAUGUGACGCUCAUGUCGUAUGCUGCCAAGUUUUCUGGAUGUCUUUACGGACCCUUCCGCGAUGCUGCUGGCUCGGCGCCCUCGUUUGGUGACCGCAGAUGCUACCAGCUCCCCCCUGGAGGUCGUGGCCUCGCUCGUCGGGCCAUCAUCCGUGAUAUCAGCGAGGGAGCUGAUAUCAUCAUGGUCAAGCCGGCUUCUCAGUACCUGGACGUUAUCAGCGAUGCUAAGGAGCUCGGCAAGGACCUGCCCAUUGCGGCCUACCAGGUCAGCGGCGAGUUUGCCAUGAUUCACGCGGCGGCCAAGGCUGGUGUUUUUGACCUCAAGGCCAUGGCGUUUGAGAGCACAGAGGGCAUUCUCAGGGCGGGAGCAACCAUCAUCAUCAGCUACUUCACACCAGAAUUCCUGGACUGGCUGAGCAAUUGA